UUGUCAUACGCGAGCGAAUAAAUUGGUGCUGCACAAACGCCCUAAUUGUUUUUUUUUGGGGGGGGGAACUUUGGAUAUAUUUAUGUUUAGCUAUCUGGCAGCAAUGAUAAGAAAGUUGAAAUAUCGGUGUUUUGAAAAAAAAUUUGAAAGCAAGAUGACUGACAGUUUAGCACCAAUAGUAGCUCAGCAUUAUAAUCAGAUUCAAGAGAAAGGUCUUGAAGAGAGGAAACAGAGUCGCAUAUUUCAUAUGCGAAAUUUUAAUAAUUGGAUCAAAAGUAUGCUUAUAAACUUCAGUGGAGCAUCGUACUUUUUAGCAAAUGAGUCAAGAUUCAGGCUGGACACUGAUUCUUGGUGCACCUGUAUCUGGUGGGAGCUUGGAACACAGUACCAUCCCUCCCUUCUAAGAGAAAAGAAUCAUUACCGUGGUGGAGGUGUAAUGGUUUUGGCAGGCAUUAUAUCAAAUGGGCACACGCUCCUGCAUGUGUUUGACAAAGGCUCCGUGACUGCUCAAAAUGUGAUUAUUAAAUUAAUAAAGUAAUCUCUUUUUCAUCUUUCAGAUAUUGCAGAGACCUCUGUUGAACAGUGUCGACAACGAUAUGUUGAAAUGAAAGAAAGACACAAAAGGCAGCGAGAAAAGGGUCAUUGCUUUGAUGCUGAAUUUAUAACGACAGAUUGCACCAGGGUUCGUUUAAAAGAUUUAUAUAAAAAUCCAGACAUUCAAUUUGACAUUGUAAGUUGUCAGUUUGCAUUUCAUUAUUGCUUUGAAAGUCUCACUCAAGCUAGAAAAAUGCUGCAGAAUGUGAGUGAAUGUUUGAAACCAGGUGGUUACUUCAUUGGCACUCUACCAGAUGCAUAUGAUAUAAUGCGAAGGCUAGAGGAAACAGAAGAUCUUAGCUUUGGCAAUGAUGUUUAUUCUGUCACAUUUCCUUCCAAAGAGAGACCUUCCCUGUUUGGUGCAAAAUAUGACUUCCAUCUUGAAGGAGUAGUUGAUUGCCCAGAAUUUCUAGUCUAUUUUCCAGCUCUUGUUAAGUUAGCCCAAGAAGUGGAUUUAGAACUUCUCUUUUGCACACGCUUUGAAGAUUACUUUGAAGAUCGAUGUGAGAUACAAGAAGGACAGUUUCUUUUAACAAGAAUGCAAGCUUUAGAAACUUAUCCUCCUUUAGGAAGGAGUCAGAAGCUAAUGGGCUGUGAUGAUGAAUAUUAUCAUGCAGAACAGAAGGUCAAAUCUCUUUUAAAAGCUCAUGAUCGAUCAGUUCACGUUGGAACUUUAUCUCAGUCUGAAUGGGAAGUUGUAUGUAUGUAUGUUGUUUUUGCAUUUGUUAAGAAAGGAAAUGCAGAAGAGAAAUGAAUGUACUUAUUUUUAUUAUUAUUAUUUUGUAAGGACAAGGUGUUUUAUAUGCAUUUGCUGUAAAUUGGCACUGCAUUAAAUUUAUUACUUAUAUGUUUUUGA